AUGACCAGCAACCCCCGCCCGGUGGAACUUCGCUACGACCCCGCCGCCAUCGACCAGAAAUGGCAGGAGCGUUGGGAGAAGGACGGAAUCCACCGGGUCGACAACGAAGACCCCCGGCCCAAGUGGUACGAAAUGACCAUGUACCCCUAUCCCUCGGGGGACCUCCACAUCGGGCACUGGUAUGCCAUGGCCCCGGCGGACUGCCACGCCCGGUUCCGGCGUAUGCAGGGGUACAACGUCCUUCACCCAAUCGGUUUUGACGCCUUUGGACUGCCGGCCGAAAACGCUGCCAUCAGCCGGGGUAUCCAUCCCCACACCUGGACCAUGGACAACAUCGCCAACAUGCGCCGGCAGCUGCGUUCCAUCGGAGCGGUUUACGAUUGGGAUCGGGAAAUUGUCUGCUGCCUGCCUGAGUUUUAUCGGUGGAACCAAUGGCUGUUCCUCCAGUUCUACAAAGCGGGACUGGCCUACCGGGGGCGCGCCCCGGUGGUCUGGUGCCCGUCCUGCCAGACUGUUCUGGCCAAUGAGCAGCUGACCACCGACGACCAGCGCGCCGCGGUCGCCGAUUAUAUCGAGCAGGCGAGGCGGGCCUCUGAGAUCGAACGACUGUCUACCGAAACCGAAAAGACGGGAGUCCCGCUUGGCUCCCACGCUGUCAACCGGCUGAACGGGGAGCGGGUGCCGAUUUACAUCGGCGACUAUGUGCUGAUGAGCUACGGCUCCGGCGCGGUGAUGGGUGUGCCGGCCCACGACUCCAGGGACUUUGCGUUUGCCAAUAAGUACGGGCUGCCGGUCCGGAUUGUCAUCGCUCCGAUCACCUGGGACGGCAGCGAUUUGACCGAAGCCUAUCUGGACGACGGCUUCAUGACCAACUCUGGAAAGUACGAAGGGAUGACUGACGAGGAGGGCAAGCAGGCCAUCGCCGACGACAUCGAAAAGAACGGAUGGGGCCGGCGCACAGUUUCAUACCGAGUGCGGGACUGGAUAAUCUCCCGGCAGCGUUACUGGGGGACGCCCAUACCGUAUGUGUACUGUCGAGCCCAGUGCGGCAUCGUUCCGUAG